AUGGAGAUUCAUACAUUCAUUUUGGUAGGCAUAAUUGCAAGCUUUGUCUUGGCAGCUUCAGCUAUCCCUGGAAUUGCUACCUUUUACACAAACUAUGCUUCUUCUGCAUGCUACGGCAACCAAAACAAUGGGGUGAUGAUCGCGGCAGCCAGCGACGCCAUAUGGAAUGGUGGUGCUGCAUGUGGCAAAUUCUACACCGUUCAAUGCACAGGGGACCGAAAUGCCAUACCACACCCUUGCAAGGCCGGUGGUGUGACCGUGAAGAUUGUGGAUCACUGUCCCGGAUGCCCAUCAACCCUUGACUUGUCACGAGAAGCGUUUUCCAAGAUUGCUGAUCCUGUGGCUGGAAUUAUCAACAUUGAUUACCGUUAA